UUUAUUAAAAAUUUCUUUAACUUAAUAUGUAGUAUGUAAUUCAGUGAAGUGUGUAUGUAAGGAAAGGGAUGAGUAUUUCGUAGGAACAUCGAAUGGAUAGCAAGUGUCCCUAUUUCAAGGGGCAUCUUUAGUGACACUUUAACAAGAUAUACUUAACCUUUCUUCUACGGUUAUUCCUCAUCAGGGUUCUUCUUCUACUAACAAUAUCCAAUUCUUUCUUCGCUUAGUUUCCGUUUGCAUCCAUGGAUGGAAAAGCCGAACAAGAAGAACUUGAAUCUUCCGAAUGGGAACUAAUCAACAACGAUGAAUCACCAAUCGUUUCCGCUAUCCACGAAUUUUCCAAUCCCAAUUCUUCAUCGAUUAUCAGAUCCGAUCAUUUCUCGCUCAAUCCGGUUCAUCAAAACCCUAAUUCCGUUACCAGUAGUCGCAGUUCCAAUUCCGAAAUUGAUCGAAACUUCGACGAUUCCUACGUCGCAAAUCAGAUUUUAUCUUCCUCCAAUAAUAAUCUCCGCCGGUGGAAUGAUUCCGAUUCCGAUCAUUCCGAUAGCGAUGUUACGGUUACGGCCAGUUUGACCGGUGAUGGUGAGGUUGGUUUUGAUUCUGAGGUAAAAGUGGAGGAUGAACAAAAGGAAGAGAAAGAGGUGAAGGGGGGUAAUGAAAGAUUGGUGUGGUGGAAGGUUCCCUUCGAAGUGUUGAAACAUUGGGUCAGUCCUCUUUUGAUUCCUCUUCCUUUAUCUGUUGCUGCUGCCGCUGCGUUUUUAGGGCUUUUGAUAUUGGGAAGGAGGCUUUACAAAAUGAAGAGGAAGACUCAGACUUUGAAGCUCAACCUUGCUCUUGAUGAUAAGAAGGUAGCUCAGCUCAUGGGUCGUGUAGCGCGGCUCAAUGAAGCAUUUUCAGUUGUGAAACGAGUUCCCGUGGUUCGACCAUCUCUGCCAGCUCCCGCUAUAACUCUGAGGCCUGUGAUGAGUAUGAGAUGAAGAAAGAAUUUGACAAAUUACUUGAUUUGGAGUAGUGUGAAAUUGCAAUAAUGUUUGUAAUAUCAUAAAAACCCUUUAGUAUGAAAACAUGUACGUAUGAAUGUAUUAUUAUGUAUGUAUCUAUGUAUCAUCAUGUGUGUUGGGUGGAAUUUACGAAGCUCGUCAAUGGCUUCUUGUAUAUGACAUUAUAUCUUGUUGAUUUCUAUAUCUUGCCAACAUAUUUGUUUUGGGGUAA